CUCAUGAGAGAUUUACGUCUUUUCUCUCCACAUUUUUGUUGAUGAAGUGCAAGUGUAGACACCACGCGUCAUUUCAUCACUUCCGUUGGCCUCCAGGAGAUGUCCCACAAUGCCCUUCUUGAUCGCUCAGGUCAGCAAUUUGAACUCCACUGCCCGGCAGCCAGAUAGAUAACCAACCCUUAGAAGCCCCAGGAAUUUUUUAAAUUCCAUUUUCUGUUUGCUCGGUGUGGAGAGGUCUCAUCGCGUCUUUCGAGGUGACCAUGGUGGGUUAUCGCAGCACUACAGAGCUUUUGGAUCUGAUCAGUAUAUGGGGAGAGGAGGCUGUGCAGUCCCAGCUGAGCUUGAGCCGAAGGAAUUGGGAUAUCUAUGGGCAGAUUUCUCGAAGUUUGUGUGAGAAGAGCUAUGAUGGGGACACGCUGCAGUGCAGAGCAAAAAUAAAGGAGCUGAGGCAGGCAUACCAUAAGGCGAGGGAGGCAAACCAUCCCUCAGGUGCUUCACCUAAAACUUGCCGGUUCUGUAAGGAGCUGGAUUCUAUCCUCGGUGGCAACCCCAUCUCCAUUGCCAAGAGCCCCAUGGAUACUUUGGAGGGCACGGAGGCGGCAGAAAGAGGACCGAACCUGGAGGAUGAAGUUAUUGAGGCAGAGGUGGAGUUAGAUGAGGAUGUGCAGCUCCCAGCGGGGUCGCCCGGUGGGGCAGGCAGCCAGGAACUGUUCUUCACUCCCGAGAUGUCUAGCCAGUCUCAACAGUCGCUCUCUGAUGAGCAAGAAGCAGGAGAUGAGACUCCUGAUGUGGCCUUCAGGAACACCCCACACAUCCCAGCCGAUCAUCUCCACCAGAUAAGAAAACGCCCAAGACACAGCAAAGAAGACAUGUUCCAGGAGGUCCUGCAGUGCUCCAGUGAAGAAAAAAAGGAAUGAAAGGAGUGCUGGGAAGCCAAAUGGCAGGACAGAAAAGGGAACCAUGCAUUUGUUAAGGAUGCUAAAAAUUAUGGAGGAGCAAACUCAGAUGCUGAAAGCCUUAAUAAUGCCAUAGACUGAGCAAAUCAGUGCUCAAGCUCCACUGCAGCACAUUCAGAACUCUUUUCCAUCCCCCCCUUGAACUCCGCCUGCACAUUCCUUUCCAUCUUCCGGGACUUCUCAGUUUCCCCUUCACCUCACCGCCUCGGACAACUUUCACAAUGAUAGCUGGACCUACUCACAGCUGUGAAAGUUUGCCCUUCCCUGGUUCCUCCUUUCCUGCCAAGCCUCUGUGUGUUUG